UUAUACAAUCUCAUCCAGUCAUCCAUGUAGGCCUAUACGGCUAUACCUACAAUUUUUAGGUACCCAUAAGUAAACCCGACUUGUAUGUCCAAUAUUCAUAUAUCUAGAAAUCAAUAAAUUAUAAUAUAUCCACAUAUUUUUAUAUACAUACGAGCAUGUGGUAUGAGUACUGAACGAGAGACUAAAAGUCUAAAUUCAUACCCACCUCAUCCACAUCAAACUCUUUCCGAAUUUUACCUCAGGCCUCAUAUACUCAUCUCAUACUCUACUGAUUUUGUGAGAAUUUCCCACAUUUAAUGGGCCAAAACGGGUGAACACCCACGAAAAAUGAGUUUAAUUAUCAUCCCUACAUUAAUAUAGGUUCAUGCAAGGCUAAUCUACCUAGCUAACCUAGUGACCAAUCAAUUUAACAUGGUGCAGUUUGGUUCCAUCGAUAUGUCAAGCUUGCUUGCCAAACCAAAUGGAAAUCUCAUACCAGAAAUCGAGGCAUAAAAUCCCCUGUCGAUCGACAAUCCAAAAAUCUCAUCAACCCGAAAUCAAAAUGGCACCAACAUCAAUUUUCGCAGCAGCUCGAAUUGCAACACUAAUUGCAGCAAUAUCAUCGCUAACAAUGGCGGCGAGGAGCCACCAGCAGCAGCAGCAGCCUUCAAUAAGGUCAUCGGCGGCGGCGGCGAGCUUGAUGCCUCCGAAUCCAAUGGACUGCGCCAACGACAUACAGAAGGUGCCGGAUUGCAUGGACCAAAUCAACCGCACCGUUUCCAGCGGUUACGGCCGGGGCGGCGGCGGGCUGCCCCCUGCCGGCGGUGGGCCGAGCCCCGCUUGCUGCAGAGUGGUGAAUGGGCUCGACGACAUCUGCUGGAUGCUUCUCUUCCCGGAGUACUUCCCUGCCCUCCCCGCCGCGCUUAAGGCCUUGUGCUCCCGCUCGUCGUCGUCGGUGCCCGCCGGGAGCUCCGGUUGAGGCUGUUCUGGCCGGCCGGUGGUCGUGGGUUUGCUCGAUCUUCUCAUAAAUAAAAGUUUCUCGUAGAGAGAACUAAGCUAUAAGAUUAAGAGAAGAAGAAAAUAUCGAAUCUUCACAUCAAUUAAUUAAGGGUCGUUUGGAAGUUGCGAUUCUGCAAAUUGAUGUAUUGUCAAUUGAUGUAUUGGAUCAAUUGAUGUAUUGGGCAAAUACCAUGUUUGGAAGUCAUAUUAUGUUUUUGUUGUAAGAAAAAGAAUAAAACACUUUUUAUGUUGAAUGGCAUUAAUACCCUCUGUUUUAGUUACAAAAACCCUUUCUCCAGUUCACCUGUUGUCUCCCAAUAUCAAAUCCAAACUGAGCGAGAAACUCCGGCAGCCAAUAUCAAAUGAGCUCCACGCGACGAUUCCGACAAACUCCCGGCGAGAUUCCAGAAGAGAUUUCUGUCAUCUGUAAGUGUGACUCUUCUGCAAUUGUUAGAACGUCCCGUACGGCCAAUAAUCCAAACAGGAAGUUCUUCGGCUGUCCCAAAUGGAGUCCAGGGCAGGUAAUUUCUUCAACUUCUCAUGUUGCUUGUGCGAUUGAUCUUUGUGGGAGUUGCUUGAAAUGGAUAACAGGUGGUUUGAGUUGGGAUGUUGGAUGCUGGUUGUGUUAUUACAAACAAAUGUUUCAUUAUGAUGUGGGUUUUAGGGAUUGCUCUGGUUUGCUUAACCAAUAGAGACUUUAAUUGUGCAGCCGCAGAAAGCAUGUCGAUUUUUUGUGUGGCAUGAUAUACAGGUGGCAAUUGAGAAUGAGAAACAAAGGUAUGAAGUUGUUAUGUCCGAUUUGAAGAUGGAGAUGGCACGCUUGAGGCAACAAAAUGAGACACUCCAAGACCGCAACAAUGAGCUCCAAGAAGAGGUUGCUGAACUACUGGUGGGAAGGUCACAACUGAGAAGUAGUUUUUGUACUGAAGAAGAAUUGUCCCGGCCUAAAAGUGAGGAAUUCCAUGAAAUUGUAGAAAGGUUGAGUCUUCUAGAGACCAUUGAGCUCGGAUCCAAUGAUGCAUAGUAUAGUUGACUAUCUGUACAACUAUUGUAGUGGUCAAUGUAAGCUUGUCUACUAGUUGUUGUAAUUGCUUGGAAACAAACCAGCAAGGAUGUUUGUCCUGUUUGUAGUGGUCAAUGUAAUUAGUUUAUAAAAUGAGCAAGGAUGUUUGUCCUGUUUAUUCUCUGUUAAACCACACCAUCAGACCACUUGUUCAUCAUAAACCAGUAACAUCAUUUAUAUUAAACCAGCAGAAACAAACCAGCAACAUCAUUACAUCACAAACCAGUAGAUGCACCACAAACCAGCAACAUUUAAUAAGGAAAAUCUACAUUG